AGACUUAUUGUGCAACGCGAUCAGCAAUCAAUAGAGAUCUUAGAUCCAAUCCACACAUCCAGUGUGAGCUUGGACACAGCCAUGAGAUGCCAUCAUCCGAAUGCAUGUCAGAGAUAUAAAAUUCAUGCAGAUAAGAAAUGCUCGCUCCUGCUCCAUGUGUACCACGAGAAGUACUCCUAAUUCAAACUCGAUCACGACGAGUUGAGAUUUCUCGAGAUCUCGAUCGAACGGAUCUCAGAAUAAAAAUGGAGACCUCGUUAGUUAAUUUGACUUCCUGUGCCGCUUCAUCGCGGUUUCUAACUAUUUAUUAGGACGAGCAGAGGAUCCAUCAACUCAGCUUUGCAGAGAAGCAGCCGCAAGCAGGAGCCUUUCCGAGUGUGUGGAGCAGCAGCAGCCGUAAGAAAGGGGAGUGCAAAGUAAGCUUCAUAUAUUUUCCAUGGCAAAGCUCUUCGGAAAGGUGGCGAUCGUCACGGGCGCCGCCAGCAAACUGGGCGAGGCCAUCGCCAGGAAGUUCGUCGACAACGGCGCCAAGGUCAUCCUCGCCGACAUCAACCGCCACUCCUGCGAGAACAUAGUAGCGGCUCUCAACAAGACCAACCACGGCCCCGCGGUGGCUCACGCGAUGCGCAUCGACGUCAGCGAACCCGACAGUAUCCUCGCCACCGUCGAGGAGGCAAAGAAGGUCUACAAGCAAGACGUCGACAUCUUCUACAACAACGCGGGGGUCAGCAACGUCUCCUCCCCGGCCUCCUCCAUCGACAUGAUGAGCUUCAGGAACACCAUGGCCGUCAACGUCGAGUCCGUCAUAGCCAGCAUCAACCACGCCGGCGCCGUGAUGCGCAGCAACAAGAUCGGCGGCGGGUGCAUCCUGUGCACGGGCAGUCCCGUGGGCUCGCUCGGCGACGUGGUGCCCUCGGCGUACAGCAUCUCCAAGGCCGCGGUCGUGGGCGUCGUGCGCGCCGCCGCGGCCGAGCUGGGGGGACACGGCGUCAGGGUCAAUGCCAUCUCGCCGUACGGCGUCGCCGCCAGGUUUGACAAGGGCGUGCUGAGGCACAUCUUCCCUCACGCGACUGACCAGCAGCUGGAUACUAUGAUCAGCAGCUACGGCACCUACACGGUGACCGAGGACGACGUGGCCAACGCGGCGGUGUACCUGGCGUCCGACGCUGGCAAGAACAUCAAUGGCCAAAACAUCGUCCUCAAUGGCAAGUUCGGUCUUUAGAAGUGUGGCCGCCAACGGUUCUGUUGGGGCUCAUUAGCGGCAACUUCACACACCCUGGGCGACUUCCAUUCAUGCCCCGUUGUUUCCUGAAUAAAUAGUGUGGCUGUCAGUGAGCCACGUAACGUGUGUUUCCAUUUCUCUUUUUAUUUGCGAAAUUUCGAUGUUUCAAAGUUUGGCAACAAGAUGUACUUCAAAUCCAUUUGUCCUCCCAUUUAAUUCUCAUAAUGAAUAAAAUCGUCGUCUUUACAGUCCCUUCA